AUGGGAAUCGUAGUGGGAAAGAGGGAAGGAUUGUGGGCGCGCCCCGAAGUGUGACCCGUAGAGCGUCCGAGAAAUGUACGCGGAGGCCGAGGUUCGGCGAGGACGGGCUCUGGCUCAGGGCCGUCCGGGGCGUGCAGCCCGCGUGGCUUAGCGGAAGCCUUGGUGGGCGCCGAGGCUCCGGGGAGGGGCAGAGCAGGCUCCAAAGGAGACUGUGACUGUGCCUUUCAACUACAGCUGGAAGUGUUUGUUUAAUGAAUGACCUAUCUAUUUAGGAUCUGUUUAGACCCUGAGGAUAACUCUGUGAAUAGUGUUGACUUCAGGAUGUUGCGACGAAAACCAACCCGCCUAGAGCUGAAGCUUGACGACAUUGAAGAGUUUGAAAGCAUUCGGAAAGACUUGGAGGCCAUAUGCUCCUUGAAGGCAGGAAUGAGUGUAUUCUUCUCUGCGUCUGUCCCCUGCAAUACCAGGCCCAAAGAGACCCGUAAGAAACAAAAGGAAGAUGUGGAUGUUGUAGGAGGCAGUGAUGGAGAAGGUGCCAUAGGGCUCAACAGUGACCCCAAGAACCGGGAACAGAUGAUUAAUGAUCGAAUUGGUUAUAAACCCCAAGCCAAGCCCAACAAUCGCUCAUCUCAGUUUGGAAGUUUUGAAUUUUAGAGGUGGAUUUUUUUGCUUGCCAGAGCCCUGGAAUGAUGUAAAAUGAUGGCAGAAGUACAAACACAGUUCAGGGAAUUGAGUACUUGUAGUCAAGCAGAAUGUUUUACCUCCUGCAGAGGGAAAUACUUCUGCAUGAGAUUACUGAUGCUUAACUUUCACUCAAAGCUGAAAUCCAAACUCUGGUUUGUCUCUGGAGAAUUUGACUCGAUAAAACUUGUCUGAUUUUCAAUUUUAAAAAUAAAUAUAUUUUUGGAAAAGUA